AUGUUGCCCCCAGCCCCGUCAGUUGCGGUGGACCCUGAAGACCGCAAAAUCAUCGAGAAACUCGCGAAAUUGCAAAACAUGUACACCCAAAUUGGUGACCUUCGGACUUUACUGCCCGAGAAGCUGAUCAACCCAGCCCGAGUGGCUCUGGACAACCCUGGUGAAUACGAGCCUGCGAAGCUCGCUGCCUAUUUGCAGACUGCCGCACAGGCAGGGAGUCGGGACGUCGAAAGAUUCAAGAAGGACUGGCACAGUGACGACGUCCGCGAGCUCUGGCAGACUGUCCACGCCAAUGACUUGCCCCAGGGUGGAGACGCAUGGGCGUUCGACUAUGCGAGUCUCCUGCGGGACGCUGCUGCAAACGAGCAGACCUCCAUCACGGUCAGGGACGCUAGUCACGACUUUGAAACCCCAUCUGAUGCCGAAGUUGCAAAGGCCGUGAACGACUUUCGCGCAAGGCAUCCAGAGUUCACGAUACACGUGUCGAAUGAAGCAUCACUCUUGCCAGUCGACAUCAGCGUCUCCCGUUUUGACUUUCGAGUCGAGAAAAGUCAGACUGCUGGCAGGGCACCAUACAACGUCAUUGACAAGUCUAGUUCAGAAGCGGCUGGUGUAUACGACCUGCGUGCUGACGUCGUUGAAAGCAUUCGAGAGUCGAAAGAGACACGCCGGCUUGGGGACCUCCUUGAGAUGAUUUAUUCGUACCACGAUAUGAUGACCAGACCGUGCGACAAGUGCGGAAAGCUUCUCGACACCAAGAUGCUGAAACUGCCAGUGAUUCGGCAGGCGAAACCCCCAACACAAGGCGAGCCGCAGCCUCGGUUUUUGGCCCUCCAUCGAGUAUGCCGGUGA